ACAUCAAUUUGUCUUGACGACGAGAUCACAGCUGUGCAAAACGGUGAAAACAUAAACAUUAGAUUUUAUAAACGAACAUUUUAGUGGCAGAAAUUGCAUUUAGUUUAAAUUUGCAAGUUAAAAAAUCGUUUUAUAGGUACUGCUUGAAAAUGGUACAAUACUGAAAAGUUCUCCUGUGGGUUUCGGAAAUCCAGUCUGCAUUUCCCAAUUGGCUAUCUGUGGAUUUGAGAUUCUGGACACCAAAACAAAACGCACAUAAGUGACUAAAAGCACUAAAACUAGAGUACUAUUACCAGUGGCCCUAUAAUGAUCACCCUGACGCGGAAGAAGAAAGAAGCCAGCAGCAACUCGAUAGCGGACUCUACUAAGCGCAUUUCAAUAAGAGAGUUUCUUCUGGUGAAGGAAGUACAGGAACUGGAGCAAAAUCUACCGAGCACCUGCAAAAUCAGCUUCCAGGAUCCCAACGUUCUUAGUGAUUUCACUCUGAGUAUCUCACCCAACGAGGGCUUCUGGCAAGGAGGCCGAUUCAAGUUUAGCAUUCAUGUGCCCGAGGAGUAUAAUAUGGCGCCUCCAAAAGUAAAAUGUCUCACCAAACUGUGGCAUCCUAAUAUUUCCGUUGAGGGAGACAUAUGCCUAUCACUCCUCAGACUGAACUCGAUAGACGGGCUUGGGUGGGCCCCUACGCGGCGGUUAAAAGAUGUCAUCUGGGGCUUAAAUUCACUAUUCACGGACCUGCUAAACUUUGACGACCCGCUUAACAUUGAGGCAGCAGAACAGUACUCCAAGGACAAGGACAAAUUUCAGGCCAAAGUGCGGGAAUACGUUUCGGCGUAUGCGAGGAGAUAAUCGAGCUUAUUCUUCGGGAAACGUGUGACCAGCGAGGUUCGAUUGCAGACGAGGGUGUGUGUGAUAACAAACCGCCACAAAGACAUGCGACAGCGCAGCAUCAGCGGCGGUUAAAUAUGGAAUGCAAACAAUAGAGAGCCACCAGCAGAAACAGUCAAACUCUGUCUUCGAUUUUAUUAUUUAGCAAAUCAUCACACUGGAAUACUAUGCAAAUAUGUGUUUCAGGCAGUUCAGUUUUAGUAAAUUUUGUGUUUUAAAGCAGGUAUAAAAGUUCGGUAUGUACCGUUUUAAGAUUUUUAUUCCAUAUCCAUAUGGUGCACCAAAAGUGUAAUGCGAUCAGUAAAGUCAUUUCCAAAUAUGUUGAGCAUGUUUUGUUUCCAUAUUGUAAUUACUUAUACUCAUAUUAGCAAUUUAACUUAAUUGGGAAACUGAUAUAAAUUAAUAAUAGCUGUAAUAAACUAUUUCAAACAUUAAA